AUGGCUUUAACAUUUAUUAAGGAAACAAUUUUACUCUUCAUGACUAUGAUUGGCAUUCUGGGGAACAUGUUAGUUUCUGUGAAUUAUAUGUUCAGUUGGUGGGGAAGCCCUGAGAAGAAAGCUGUACACCUUAUUCUCACUCACUUGGCUUUUACAAACAUCAUACUUCUGCUUACAAAAGGAUUGCGAAAGACAAUAGGAGUUUAUAGUUGGAAAAACUUCCUAGAUGACAAAGGCUGUAAGAUCAUUGUUUACCUGGAAAGGAUGGCUAGGGGCCUCUCCAUCUGCACCAGCAGUCUCCUCACUGUGGUCCAGGCCAUCAUCAUCAGUCCCAGAGCAUCUGGGUGGAGGAGGCUCAGGCCAAAGUCUGCAUGGCACAUCCUUCCAUUCUUCUCAUUCUUUUGGAUACUCAAUGCUUUGAUAAGUGUGAACAUAAUCCAUUCCAUCACAAGUAUAGGUCUGAAUAUGUCACAGCUUAAGAAUGGCUACAACUAUUGUUAUUUUAUGCUAGACAGCCAGAAAGGAAAAUUGAUUGUUCUUCCUUUCAUGGUCCUGAGAGAUGCAGUGUUUCAGGGUGCCAUGGGAAGGGCCAGUGGCUACAUGGUAUUUCUUCUCCACAAGCACCACCAGCAUGUCCUCUACCUUCAGAGCUCCAAGAUUCUCUACAGAACUCCCCCUGAGCUGAGAGCUGCCCAGAGUGUUCUCCUUCUGAUGCUCUGUUUUGUUUUCUUCUACUGGACUGAUUGUGCUCUUUCUCUGUUAUUAAGUCUGUUGUUAAGAGACAGUUUUUUGAUGAUAAAUAUUCAAGAGUUUCUGACCCUUGGUUAUGCAACAUUUAGCCCCCUUGUGCUGAUUCACAGGGAUGGAUUUAUACCUGAAUGUUGGCAUGCUUAG